UUCCGUAUUCUCCGUUCAUAACCCAGCCCCAGCUUUUAAACUGUUAGUGACUUCGUCUUUUCUAGGCUUUUGGGCUGUCGUACCUAUAAUAACUAGUAUUUACUAUAUCGGUGCCUCUCCAUCAACUUCAAAAGGCUUUACCGCCGGCGGCCGGGCAUCGGAGACUCGGGAUCGGUCGGACGAGGAAACUUUAAAAAGAAGAUGAAGGUUUUUGUUAAGACUUUGAAGGGUACUAACUUCGAAAUCGAAGUUAAACCCGACGAUAGGACUGAGAACAACAAUAAUGUCAAUGGUGAAAUUCAGGUUGCCGAUGUAAAGAAAGCUAUAGAGACUGUACAGGGUGCAGACGUAUACCCUGCUGCAAAGCAGAUGCUGAUUUAUCAGGGGAAAGUUCUUAAGGAUGACACAACACUGGAGGAAAAUAAAGUUGCUGAAAAUAGUUUUAUUGUCAUUAUGUUAAGCAAGAGCAAGGUUUCAUCUGGUGGAACAUCAGCUGCUUCAACUGGACCUCCAAGCCAAGCACAACCUGCAAGUUCUUUGCCUUCUCAUGCAACACAGCCUUCAACAACUACCGAAGCUCCUGCUCCAACUCCAGCACCUCCACCUUCCGCUGCUGAAUCUAUACCAGCUGUAGCUAAUCCUGUUUCCAGUUCAGAAUCAGACGUGUAUGGACAAGCAGCAUCAAAUCUUGUUGCAGGAAAUAAUUUAGAGGCUACUAUUCAACAGAUACUUGAUAUGGGUGGAGGAAGUUGGACCCGUGAAACUGUUGUGCGUGCUUUACGUGCUGCAUAUAACAACCCUGAAAGGGCUGUUGAAUAUCUUUACUCUGGCAUCCCUGAGCAAGCUGAGGUUCAACCUGUUGCCCAAAUUCCUGCUAGUGCACAGGCAGCAAAUACACCAGCCCAGGCUGAACAGCCAGCAGUACCUACUAGUGGUGGGCCGAAUGCAAACCCUCUAGAUCUAUUUCCACAGGGCCUUCCCAGUAUGGGUUCCAAUGCUAGUGCAGGCACCUUGGAUUUUUUGCGUAACAGUCAACAGUUCCAAGCGUUGCGGACCAUGGUGCAAGCUAACCCCCAAAUCCUGCAGCCUAUGCUUCAGGAGCUGGGGAAGCAAAAUCCACAUCUUAUGCGGCUCAUUCAAGAGCAUCAAGCUGACUUCUUGCGCUUGAUAAAUGAACCGGUUGAAGGAGAGGGGAACGUCCUUGGCCAGUUGGCCUCAGCAAUGCCUCAGGCUGUGACUGUUACCCCUGAGGAGCGCGAAGCAAUUGAGCGGCUUGAAGCAAUGGGCUUUGAUCGUGCAAUAGUAUUGGAGGUUUUCUUUGCAUGCAAUAAGAAUGAAGAACUAGCAGCCAACUAUCUAUUAGAUCACAUGCAUGAGUUCGAGGAAUGAAACCAAGCGAUUGCCAGCGACUGUCUCUUUUACUCCUCCGUGUUGGGUGAAGAACUUCCUAUCGUGUAAUCUUAUCCCAACUAUUUGUCUUGUGGAAUUUUAUACUUGGACAAAAAUAGCCCUUUCUAGUUUCUCCUUUCUUUGUUUAAAUAUUGGUCGUUAUUACCAUCCUUAUUUAAUAGAAACUUGUGUUGGAAUAUGGCUAACGAGAUCUCUUUUCUAAUUUCACUUUUCAUCUUUUUACUGUAA